AUAUUGUAGCAGCUAAUAAUAUCCUAAUCUUAUCACACUCAAUAUUCAUAUAUACUAUGACAUUUUUUCCCUUUUAAGGUGUGCAUCAAUUAUCAAUUAUAUAUUAUAUAUCACACCAAAUACCAAUUAUAACAAUAAAAACAAUUCCCAUUAUAGAAAACUAUAGAGAAAUAACAUGGAAAAGAUUAUUGUUCCUGAUUUGGUAAUUAAAUCAUCAUCAGGAGGAGAAGUGAAGAUUCCGGUAAUAGGGUUCGGAACGGCGGUGUUUCCACCAAUGGAAUUGGAGACGAAGGAAGCCAUAAUUGAAGCCAUGAAGCUUGGAUACAGACAUUUUGACACUGCUUCUGUGUACCUAAUUGAACAUGUUUUGGGCCAAGCUAUCUCUGAGGCCAUCUCUAUGGGCCUCAUCCAAUCCAGGGCCCAACUCUUCAUCACAUCCAAACUAUGGUGUGGUGAUGCACACCAUGAUCGUGUCAUUCCAGCAAUCCAAAAAACCCUCAAAAAUCUGAGGAUGGAUUACUUGGACCAAUAUCUAAUUCACUGGGCAGUGGCACUGAAGCCUAGUGAACCAAAUUUUGUGUUUAGUAGAGAUGAUGUUAUUCCUCUGGAUAUUAAAUCUGUGUGGGAAAAGAUGGAAGAGUGUCAAACAUUAGGGCUUACUAAAACCAUUGGAGUCUCCAAUUUCUCAUGCAAAAAGCUCCAAACAUUGCUAGCCACUGCCAAAAUCCCUCCAGCUUUUAACCAAGUGGAAUUGAACCCAGUUUGGCAGCAGAGAAAAUUAAGAGAGUUUUGUAAAGAAAAGGGGAUUUUGAUCACAGCAUAUUCUCCAUUAGGAGGAAAGGGAUCAAUUUGGGGAACAAACAGAGUAAUGGAAAAUGAUGUACUCAAACAAAUUGCUGAGGCUAAAGGAAAAACUGUGGCCCAGGUUUGUUUGAGGUGGGCAUAUGAACAAGGGAUUUGCUUUGUUAUGAAGAGUUUCAACAAGAAAAGGAUGCAAGAAAACCUUGACAUAUUUGAUUGGAGUCUUACCCCUAAUGAGCUUCUACUAAUUGACCAAAUUCCACAACAAAGAUCAUAUGGAGGACAACAUUUUUGCUCAUCUGCUCAAGAGUUUUGGGAUGGAGAAAUUUAGCAAAAAUAAUCUCACUAUGUUUACUUAAAUAUUAAUUAUGCUUAAUUACUAUGAGUACUUAAAUUUACUUAUUUACCAUAAUAAAACAGUUAUUAAUACAUUCAACUCUCUUUGUUAAAA